AUGAAGAUAGAAAAGGAUGGUUUUGGUCCUCCAAGUAGUCAGGUGAAUUGGAAGGAACCCAAAGAAUACCAUAGGGGAAAGAGAUGUUUGGAAUCUGCAGGUGUACAUGUGGAUCCGUGGCAUAUAUCACGUGGAAAUUCCCAAGGCCCUGUUGAGAUUGGAAAGGAAGGUGUCAGUAUUGAGGAGAGGGAUCAUGCCAAAGUUCAUGAGGCAGUUGGAGAAAAUAAAGUUGAAUUGAAAGGUGAGGAUAGAUUUAAAGACAAGGAUAGGAAGAGGAAAGAUUUGAAGCACCGUGAAUGGGGAGAUAGAGAUAAGGGAAGAAGUGACCGAAGGGGAAGUAUGCAAGUAGGCAACAGUAGUGCUGAAGGAAAAGAGUCGGUGAAGGAAGAGAGAGAAGGAGAGAGGUGGGAGUGGGAGAGGAAGGAUCUGUCAAAAGACAGGGAAAGGUUAAAAGAGAGGGAGAAGGACCACAUGAAAAUAGAAUCAGGAACUGGAGCUGAAAAGGAGCGUUUGCACAAUGAAAAGGAGUCUUUGGAUGGAUAUGUCAGAAUUUCAGAAUAG